AUGACCGCGAUUGUAGGCGAUGAGAAACCAACAAAGACGGGUUCUGUCAAGAAGUAUCGACCAUCAAGACCGACCAAAAAGAAAAUCUCCCCCAAUGGUGACCAUCUCUUUGUCCUGCAAAUUGAGAAGACUUCUGUGCAGAAAAGCAGCAACAGAUCCUUCCGCUCGUUGCUGAACUCUCUUCGCAGCUCUGAGAAGUCUUCAGCGAAGUCAAGCUACGAUUUCAUCGAAGUCGACGAAACGAGCUUAAAGGCGUACAAAAAGAAACGAGGCGACAAGGAGAAAUUGUGCCAGGAAUUCGACCUAAAGCAGUGCCUCGCGUUCAAUUCCUACAAUCUCAUUCACGACAACUCGUCCAUGCUACCGGAUUUCGCAUUCCGUGGUCGCUCGUGGCAACUCACUCUCUACGCGAAGGACGGAACAUUCUGGCAGAUCACAUGCGACGGUGACAGCAUCAGAGACAUGGAGUCAGAGAUCCGCAAUCGAAUACAUCGAAUUAAGAAGGCGAAACUCGGCAUUUCGGAUGAGCUGUUCGAUAUUGCAUUCACUGGCACUGUUGAAGACGUAGAGAUCCUUGAUGAAUACGAAAAAGAUCCUGAACUCUCGCGCAACAUUCUCGGUCUCAAGCAGUUUAUGUUCAAGGCGAGUGGCAGCAGCUACAAAAUCGUGAUCCGCGAUCUUCUCGAGUCCGGAAUCGCUCCAACCCUCGAGGAGCCUUUCCUCAUCACCAAGAAUCAUGUCUACUCGCGGGGCUACGACAAGACUCAGAUUUCUUUCAAGCUUCUUUCGAAUUCUUUGUUGGGGAGUGCUUCUUUUAUGGUGACUUGUACUUCGCCAAACAUCAUCGACCACGUGAUUCGACCAUUCCUGGAGAAAGAAAACCGUGGCAUCACAACAUCUUUCUCAGGCUCAGUGAUGACUUCGCGUGGCUCGCGACUGAACCCUGAGCAUGAGCGCGCGUUGCGGGCGCGAGAAUACCAUCGAACUCACGCUGGAAGCUUGCCUCAAUACAUCGAACUCAAGCAGCAGCGAGAACGUGCCGUCGCCAACUCUCUUGAGGCAUCUGCCAAGUCAAUGUCCUCCCCAGAAGCUAUCAGCCUCAACGAUUCCGGCGUUCCUCAGUCCACUUAA